CUGCCUGCAGAGGGUGGGCCGGGCCAGCGUCUCCGGCCGUUUAAGGAGACGCUGGACCGAGUAGUUCCCUGUGCGGGGUCGGGCCUGGAGGUGAGCAGCGGCCACUCCUGGCACUGCGGCGGGUGGCCACCAUGGUGCAGAUCGUGACGGUGAAGACGCAGGCCUACCCGGACCAGAAGCCGGGCACCAGCGGGCUGCGGAAGCGCGUCCGGGUGUUCCAGGGCAAUGCCAACUACGCGGAGAAUUUCAUCCAGAGCAUCGUGGCCACCGUGGAGCCGGCGCAAAGGCAGGAGGCCACGCUGGUGGUGGGCGGGGACGGCCGCUUCUACAUGCGGGAAGCCAUCCAGCUCAUCGUGCGCAUCGCCGCUGCCAACGGGAUUGGGCGCCUAGUUAUCGGACAGAACGGAAUCUUGUCCACCCCAGCAGUGUCCUGCAUCAUCAGAAAGAUCAACGCCAUUGGGGGGAUCAUUCUGACAGCCAGUCACAACCCAGGGGGCCCCAAUGGAGAUUUUGGCAUCAAGUUCAACAUAUCCAAUGGCGGCCCUGCUCCGGAAGCCAUUACGGAUAAGAUCUUCCAGAUCAGCAAGACCAUUGAGGAAUAUGCAAUUUGUCCUGACCUGAAAGUGGACCUCGGGGUUCUGGGGAAGCAGCAGUUCGACCUGGAAAACAAGUUCAAACCUUUCACAGUGGAGAUCGUGGACUCAGUGGAAGCAUAUGCCGCCAUGCUGAGAAACAUCUUUGAUUUCAAUGCCCUCAAAGAGCUGCUCUCCGGCCCCAACCGCCUGAAGAUCCGCAUCGACGCCAUGCAUGGAGUCGUGGGGCCUUAUGUGAAGAAGAUUCUCUGUGAGGAACUUGGAGCGCCUGCCAAUUCCGCAGUGAACUGUGUCCCCCUGGAGGACUUUGGAGGCCACCAUCCUGACCCCAACCUCACCUAUGCAGCUGACCUGGUGGAAACCAUGAAGUCGGGAGAGCAUGAUUUUGGGGCGGCCUUUGAUGGCGAUGGGGACCGGAACAUGAUUUUGGGCAAGCACGGCUUCUUCGUGAACCCCUCAGACUCUGUGGCUGUGAUCGCCGCCAACAUCACCAGCAUCCCUUACUUCCAGCGGACAGGCGUGCACGGCUUUGCCCGGAGCAUGCCUACCAGUGGCGCCCUGGACCGGGUGGCUCACGCCACAAAGGUUGCUUUGUAUGAGACCCCAACAGGCUGGAAGUUCUUCGGGAAUCUGAUGGAUGCCAGCAAACUGUCCCUAUGUGGGGAGGAGAGCUUCGGGACAGGUUCUGACCACAUCCGUGAGAAAGAUGGACUCUGGGCAGUGCUCGCCUGGCUAUCCAUCCUAGCCACCCGCAAGCAGAGUGUGGAGGACAUUCUCAAAGAUCACUGGCAGAAGUAUGGCCGCAACUUCUUCACCAGGUACGAUUAUGAGGAAGUGGAAGCCGAGGGUGCAAAUAAAAUGAUGAAGGACCUGGAGGCCCUGAUUGCUGACCGCUCCUUUGUGGGAAAACAAUUCCCAGUGGGGGACAAAGUGUACACCGUGGAGAAAAUUGACAACUUUGAGUACAACGAUCCUGUGGACGGCAGUGUCUCGAAAAACCAGGGCCUGCGGCUCAUUUUCACGGAUGGUUCUCGCAUCAUCUUCCGUCUGAGUGGCACGGGAAGUGCCGGGGCCACCAUCCGACUCUAUAUCGACAGCUAUGAGAAGGACAUGGCCAAGAUCUACCAGGAUCCCCAGGUCAUGCUGGCUCCCCUGAUCUCCAUCGCCUUGAAGGUGUCACAGCUGCAAGAGAGGACAGGCCGCACCGCCCCCACCGUCAUCACCUAAAGGAGCCAGAUGAGGGGGCUGUAUCUCCCCCAGAACC